AUGGAGAAAACUAUCGUGUCCAGCAUCUCUGAUGACAAUCCCGACUUCGAAUUAGAAGGCUACACUGUCAUCGGAGUGUGUUACUCACUCCUUGCAGCAAGUUUGCAAGAAGCAUUUGGAGAUGGAAUAUAUAGUCCGAGUAUUGGAUUCACUUUGGCAUUUGGGAAUUACGGCAAGGAGUUGGUGGCACUAAGUGGUCUCUUAAUGAGUAUCGGCGGUCUAAUUGGUGGAGUGUGCCCCAUUGUGUUCUCCACAUGGAUUAGAAGACACAGGUAUGCUCGGAAAUCAAUAGUCCUGAUCGGUUGCUCUGGACAGCUGUUGGCUUAUCUUAUCACAUUCAUCAACCUACCAGACACUGCGGUGUUUGGCGACACUGACCAACUGAGUCUCAUAACUCCGAGUGUAACGUUGGCCAUGACAGGAAGUCUACUUCUGACCUUUGGAGAUUCAUGUUUAAACACUCAAAUCUACUCCAUUAUUGCCGAACUAUUUCGAGAGAGUAGCGCCGAGGCAUGUGCCUUUUACAAGCUCAUCAAGGCUGUAGCCAUUGCUACCAGUUUCUAUAGUUGUAGCCACAUCGGACUGCACGUUCAAGCAGCGAUCCUGUCAACGAUGGCUCUCGUUGGAGUUUUCUUUUUCUUCGUUGCUGACAACGACAUCCCUGUAGCAACCAAUGAAAUCAAGACAGUUCCUCAAGACAUCGAAACAAGUCAAAACAAGAAAAUAUAA